AUGCAGAGGAAUUUAGAAUCCAAAUCGGCUCCGGCGGCCAUAUCUCCAUCUCCACCCUUGCUGGAAAUCCUCGAGACAACCAAGGCGAGCCCCAAUCUUCUUGGCCCCCUGCCGUUAAAGAAAAUUUACUUGUUCGCCCCGCGUUCAUUGACCUGCAAGCUCCGCUCUCCAAUCUCUCUGCUCUUGCAGCAGGCAGCACGGCGGCCAAUGGCGCAGGACGAUCCGGUUGUUUCUGCGCAAUGGCUGCAGCAGCACCUAGGGCAGCCCGAUAUCAAGGUAUUGGAUGCUUCCUGGUACAUGCCACAAGAGAGCAGGGACCCAUGGCAAGAAUACCAGGUGGCCCAUAUUCCUGGCGCGCUGUUCUUCGACAUUGAUGGAAUCGUCAAUCGGACGACUGCUUUGCCACACAUGCUGCCAUCAGAAGAGGCUUUUGCAGCAGCAGUUUCCGCACUUGGUAUCAAUAACCAUGAUAAAGUUGUUGUUUAUGAUGGAAAGGGCUUCUUCAGUGCGCCUCGUGUUUGGUGGAUGUUCAGAGUUCUUGGACAUGAUAAAGUUUGGGUCUUAGAUGGAGGUUUCCCUCAGUGGCAAGCUUCUGGAUUCAACAUUGCAAGCAGCUGCCCUGAUGAUGCAGUUCUGAAGUCCAAAGCAGCAAAUAGGGCUGUUGAAGCAGCUUAUAAUGGUAAAUUGGCAAAUGCUGCCACAUUUCAAACAGAGUUUCGACCUCAGCUACUCUGGACACUAGAAAAGGUCAAACAAAAUGUAGCUGCUAAAGCUCAUCAAGUAGUUGAUGCCCGAGCAAAGGGCAGAUUUGAUGGUGUAAUGCCAGAACCAAGGAAAGGAGUAAGAAGUGGGCAUAUACCUGGAGCUAAAUGUGUUCCAUUCCCUGAGAUGUUUGAUGGUGCACAAACGCUCCUCCCUGCAGAUGAGCUAUCAAAAAAGUUUGAGCAAGAAGGCAUUUCGCUUGAUCACCCGAUUGUCGUCACAUGUGGAUCUGGUGUAACUGCCUGCAUACUUGCCCUGGGCCUCUAUAGAAUCGGUAAGCAUGACGUUCCAGUUUAUGACGGAUCUUGGACAGAAUGGGAAGCGCAGCCCGAUAAUGAUUACCCAAAGGUUGCUUCAACUGCCCCUUAA